AUGUGUCUCCUCUCCUCACUCGUGCUCCGGUCCUCACUACAUCCCAGUCACCGGCGCUAUGCACGUGUUAAAGCGGGGACCACCCACCGCGGACAGCCGCCUCCCCUUGGGUAUCGGCACAAGAAGAGGAGUUUGUGUCAGAGGGAGGGAGAGGAGCAGGUCAAAGAGGGAGAGGAGCAUGUCAAAGAGAGAGAGGAGCAGGUCAAAGAGGGAGAGGAGCAUGUCAAAGAGGGAGAGGAGCAUGUCAAAGAGAGAGAGGAGCAGGUCAAAGAGAGAGAGGAGCAGGUCAAAGAGAGAGAGGAGCAGGUCAAAGAGAGAGAGGAGCAGGUCAAGGAGGGAGAGGAGCAGGUCAAAGAGGGAGAGGAGCAGGUCAAAGAGGGAGAGGAGCAGGUCAAAGAGGGAGAGGAGCAAUUCAAAGAGGGAGAGGAGCAGGUCAAAGAGGGAGAGGAGCAGGUCAAAGAGGGAGAGGAGCAGGUCAAAGAGAGGAGCAGGUCAAGGAGGGAGAGGAGCAUGUCAAAGAGAGGAGCAGGGCGACAGGUGGAGACAUGGGGGACACAGUGGGGGGGGGGGGGGGGUGGGGGGGGGGGGGGGGGGGGGGGGGGGCAGUCUAGGCUCAGUUUGGACACGUUUGGAGCAGAUUUCCGGUUCUCCUCCGUCUCCUCCUCCUUCUCCUUCUACAGCCUCUCUCUCUGUGGGACUGCUCUUUACUGCGUUUGUAAACAGAGCCUGGUCAUGUGA